AUGGGGCCAUUCGCUGGCACCAGGAACACUGGGAAACAGGUUAAUGCAAAAUACAAGCUCAUUUUGGUAAAUGCGCCCGUCCGGCCCACGUCCCGCCUCCAUGGAUCCGCCCGGGGGCGCCCACAGCUGAGGACCCGACGCCCGCCCGCCCGGCUCUCGACCGAGUGGCACCCCGCCGCCCCAAAGGGACCCCCGCGGGCUGUGCAGGCUCCCCGCGCCUCUUACCGCAGCGCUCGCCGUCGGGCGAGGGCUCCGCCGCCGCCACGCCUCGUGCCCCGCGCUGCCCACCCCAUGCUGGUGCACACUUACCCCGCCAUGGUGAGUAGUCUCGGGGCCCGGGACCCCGAGUGCUGGACCUGCCGGACCUCCACCUCCAACGAAACCUCGGAGGGAGGGGGCCACAGGGACUCGGCCAGCGGCGGACGAUGCGGGUGCGCGCGCGAGAGACCGCUGUCCCAGCCCGAGGCUCCGGCGCCCGCGGGCCACCCUGGGACAGACCUCAGGCCCCCGGACGCGGGCAGGACGGCAGAGCGCCCCGACGGGCUGGGCGCAGCGACUGGCGGGGCCCGCCUGUCGUCCCUGCCCCAGGCGGCCUACGGGCCGGCGCCGCCACUCUGCCACACGCCGGCCGCCGCCGCCGUUGACUUCCAGCCGCCCUACUUCCCGCCGCCCUACCCGCAGCCGCCACUGCCCUACGGCCAGGCGCCCGACGCCGCUGCUGCCUUUCCCCACCUGGCCGGGGACCCGUACGGCGGCCUGGCACCCCUGGCACAGCCGCAGCCUCCCCAGGCCGCCUGGGCCGCGCCCCGCGCCGCCGCCCGCGCCCACGAAGAGCCGCCCGGCCUGCUGGCGCCGCCCGCCCGCGCUCUGGGCCUCGACCCGCGCCGCGACUACGCCACCGCCGUGCCCCGGCUCCUGCAAGGCCUGGCCGACGGGGCGCACGGCCUGGCCGACGCGCCCCUCGGCCUCCCAGGGCUGGCGGCGCCGCCCGGCCUAGAGGACCUGCAGGCCAUGGAUGAGCCGGGAAUGAGCCUUCUGGACCAGUCUGUGAUCAAGAAAGUUCCCAUCCCCUCCAAAGCCAGCAGCCUCUCGGCCCUCUCACUGGCCAAAGACAGCCUGGUUGGUGGCAUCACGAACCCCAGUGAGGUCUUCUGCUCUGUGCCAGGCCGGCUCUCUCUGCUCAGCUCGACGUCCAAGUACAAGGUGACGGUGGGGGAGGUCCAGCGGCGACUCUCACCUCCCGAGUGCCUCAAUGCCUCCCUCCUGGGCGGUGUCCUUCGCAGGGCCAAGUCCAAGAAUGGGGGCCGCUGCCUGCGCGAACGGCUAGAGAAGAUUGGGCUCAAUUUGCCAGCUGGCCGUCGCAAGGCCGCCAAUGUGACACUUCUGACUUCACUGGUGGAGGGAGAGGCCGUGCACCUGGCCCGAGACUUUGGCUACGUCUGUGAGACUGAGUUCCCAGCCAAGGCAGCUGCCGAGUACCUGUGCCGACAGCACGCUGACCCCGGGGAACUGCACAGCCGCAAGAGCAUGCUGCUGGCCGCCAAGCAGAUCUGCAAGGAGUUUGCAGAUUUGAUGGCUCAGGAUCGCUCACCACUGGGCAACAGCCGCCCAGCACUCAUCCUGGAGCCCGGAGUACAGAGUUGCCUGACACACUUUAGCCUUAUCACCCAUGGCUUUGGUGGGCCCGCCAUCUGUGCUGCCCUUUCUGCCUUCCAGAACUACUUGCUGGAGUCACUCAAGGGGCUGGACAAGAUGUUUCUAAGUGGUGCGGGCAGUGGGCAUGGUGACACCAAGGCUUCAGAGAAGGAUGCCAAGCACAGGAAAUAAAUGCUUCUUCCACUGCCUCAUCCCAGAGCGUUUCCCAAGGCCUGAAAUGAGGCCUUAGUUCCUGGGGGUGGGCCUAAACGGAUUAAAAGGUGGAGCUUGAGUCAGGCCAGAAAGAGAACAUUCAUCCAGAGACCGUGGGUGAGGGAGAAGGGGAGGUGGCCUCUCUGUGAUGGUUUGUUGGUAAGUUAAGGGCCCAGAUGUCUGUCGCAUGGGUGCAAUUUUCUGACCCUUGAUUGCUGAGAAGUGCUUGGACAGGGAAUUGGCAUGGAGAAGCCUGGUUUUGUGGCUGAGCCCUGUGCCUCAGGGCACCUGGGCAGCGGUGGAUACUCCUAGAGGCCAAAACCUUGCUGUUUUUACUGAUGGCAGGAGGGAAAUU